AUGUCUUUGCUUUUGCUGCUCAGCAGCGGCGCUAUUGCGCUCGCACAACAGGUCUAUGUGUCUGCUGAUGGACCUGCUCAAUGCACCGCAAGCCAGACUUAUUCUGCGACUUACGCUUCUCCGACCUAUGCCUUCAGCAACUUUUCGUUCACGCAAACGGAGACGGUCCGGACUGCUACCUCAGUCAAGUCUGCGCCAGUCACAACUUACGCCCCGCCAUACGCAUCCCUCAGCCACCUGGUUCCAGAUCUGAGCACAACGACAUGGGGAAACUGGGAUCCCAAUGCCACGGCAACUGCCACCGAUACCGCCGACCCCUACGGACAGGCUGCGUGGUCUGCUUUGUGGGAACAUGCCAGUCUCGCCAACUUUACCUUCAGGGGUCUUUACUCAACAACCGUCUCCCCAACUCCGGUGCCUACUAGUGAACUUGUUCUGCCGCCUCCAGAAUAUUUCACUCCCCAGGACUGCUCUUACUUCCCAGACGACUUCAUGUUCGGAGUUGCAGGCUCUGCUUCCCAGAUCGAAGGGGCCAUCGCAGACGAAGGGAGAACACCCUCUCUCAUGGAAAUUUUGAUCUCUCCUUCGACCGGAAAACCCACCAACUACGUCACAAACGAGAACUACUACCUGUACAAGCAGGAUAUCGAGCGUCUGGCUGCUAUGGGAGUCAAGUACUAUUCUUUUACUAUUCCGUGGUCUCGAAUCUUGCCAUUCGUGCUUGAAGGCACCCCCCUCAACCAGCAAGGCCUCGACCACUACGACGAUCUCAUUAAUUUUGUCCUUGAGAAGGGAAUGCAGCCGACUGUCACCCUGAUCCACUUCGACACGCCUCUGCAGUUCUACGGAAACAACUUAAGCACUGCUGCGGACCCUCCUCUUAUUGGUUACACCAACGGAGCUUAUCAGAAUGAGACGUUCGAGGAUGCUUUCGUGAACUAUGGCAAGAUCGUCAUGACUCACUUUGCUGACCGUGUUCCUGUCUGGUUCACUUUCAAUGAACCCUUACUCUAUUGUGACAAUGGCAAGAGUGUAAACACGGUUGUCAAAGCCCAUGCCAGACUCUAUCAUUUCUAUCACGAGGAGAUCAACGGCACCGGCAAGGUUGGAAUCAAGUUCAACGACAACUUUGGUGUACCACGCGACCCUCAGAAUUCCUCGGAUGUGGACGCCGCGAACCAUUUCAACGAGUUUCAACUGGCAACAUUUGCCAACCCUAUCUUCCUCGGGAAGGAUUACCCUGAGGCCUUCAAGAUGACAGUCCCCGAUUAUGUGCCGCUCUCACAGGAGGAUUUGGAAUACAUCGGUGGUACAUCAGACUUCCUCGGCAUCGAUCCCUACACUGCGACAGUCGUAAGCCCGCCGCCUGAUGGAAUUGCGGUUUGCGCAGCCAACACAUCCGACCCCCUCUUCCCCUACUGCGUCGAGCAAUCAACCUUGACAAGCACCGGCUGGAACAUCGGUUACCGUUCGCAGACCUACGUCUACAUCACGCCCAAGUACCUGCGCACCUACCUGUCCUAUCUGUGGAACACCUUCCAGCACCCUGUCAUGAUCACUGAGUUUGGCUACCCUGUGUUCGGCGAGGCGGACAAGGAAGAUCUCUCGGACCAGUUGUACGACCUUCCUCGCAGCUACUACUACCUCUCUUUCAUGAGUGAGGUGCUCAAGGCAAUCUGGGAGGACAACGUCCACGUCCUUGGUGCGUUCGCGUGGAGCUUUGCCGAUAACUGGGAAUUCGGUGACUACGCGCAACAAUUUGGCAUUCAGGUCGUCAACCGUACGACGCAAGAGAGGUAUUAUAAGAAGAGUUUCUUCGAUCUGGUGGACUUCGUGGCGGCGAGGACAAAGUCUUGA